AUGAAUCAUUUAUUGAGUAGUGAAGAGGAUGCGGCGGCUGUGGAGGCUGUGGCGGCUGCGGCGACUGUGGCGACUGUGGCGGCUGUGGCGGCUGUGGCGGCUGUGGCGGCUGUGGCGGCAGCGGCGACUGUGGCGACUGUGGCGGCUGUGGCGGCAGCGGCGGCUGUGGCGGCAGCGGCGACUGUGGCGGCUGUGGCGACUGCGGCGACUGUGGCGGCUGUGGCGGCAGCGGCGACUGUGGCGGCUGUGGCGGCUGUGGCGGCAGCGGCGACUGUGGCGACUGUGGCGGCUGUGGCGGCAGCGGCGGCUGUGGCGGCAGCGGCGACUGUGGCGGCUGUGGCGACUGCGGCGACUGCGGCGACUGUGGCGGCUGUGGCGGCAGCGGCGACUGUGGCGGCUGUGGCGGCUGUGGUGGCUAGUUUAUCUCCACCAUGUACAGAGUGA